AUGGUCACGUCCGGCGUCAUCUACCAUCUCCUUCGACUUCUUGCCGUCCCCGUCGACAUCCGAAACAUCUGUGUCCUCCUCGCUCCAGCUUUCUCCGGUCUUACCGCGCUGGCGAUGUACCUCCUAACGUCCGAGAUGUCCUCUUCUCCAUCUGCUGGGCUUUUGGCAGCGGUAUUCAUGGGCAUCAGCCCUGGUUACAUCUCGAGAUCCGUUGCAGGCAGCUACGACAACGAAGCUAUUGCGAUCUUCCUGCUGGUUUUCACCUUCUUCCUAUGGAUUAAAGCAGUCAAGAAUGGUUCAAUCAUGUGGGGAGCACUCGCUGCCUUGUUCUACGGCUACAUGGUGUCCGCGUGGGGCGGAUACGUCUUCAUCACGAACCUGAUACCCCUACAUGCCUUCACACUCGUUCUGAUGGGUCGGUACACCUCGAGGCUCUACAUCAGCUACACCACCUGGUAUGCUCUGGGAACGUUAGCAAGCAUGCAGGUUCCUUUUGUUGGCUUCUUGCCCAUUAGAAGCAGCGACCACAUGGCAGCCCUGGGCAUCUUCGGCUUGCUGCAGCUGGUCGGCUUCUUCAACUUCCUCAGAGAACAGCUGCCAGGCAAGCAAUUCCAGACACUGCUAGUUGCACUUGGUGGAGCAAUCUUUGGGAUUAUGUUUUUCGGCCUGAUCGCCCUUACCGUGUCAGGAACGAUUGCACCUUGGAGCGGAAGAUUCUACUCUCUUUGGGACACCGGUUACGCAAAGAUACAUAUCCCUAUCAUUGCUUCGGUCUCGGAACAUCAACCGACGGCUUGGCCAGCCUUCUUCUUUGAUCUCAACAUGCUCAUCUGGCUCUUCCCCGCUGGUGUCUACAUGUGCUUCCGGAAUCUCAAGGACGAACAUGUUUUUGUUGUUAUUUAUGCAGUCCUAGCCAGCUACUUCGCUGGUGUCAUGGUUCGUCUAAUGCUUACCUUGACUCCCGUUGUGUGUUGUGCUGCGGCUCUCGCAAUCUCGCAUAUUCUCGACACCUAUCUUUAUCUCCCCAGUCCUGUCGACGAAUCAAGCGAGUCAAGCAAUGGAUCUGUCAAGGCCAGCAAGAUCAGCGCUAAUCCUUCUCUUCGCUCCAUCCGCAACCCUCUGGUUGGCAUUUAUUCGAUGGCUUCCAAAUCCUUGAUCACUUCUAUGUUCACUGGCUUCCUCCUUCUAUUUGUCGCCCACUGCACCUGGGUUACGUCAAAUGCCUACUCAUCACCUUCUGUCGUGCUGGCUUCUAGAUUGCCCGACGGUUCUCAGCACAUCAUUGACGACUACAGAGAGGCGUACUAUUGGUUAAGACAGAAUACACCGCGCGACGCGAAAAUCAUGUCGUGGUGGGACUAUGGCUAUCAGAUUGGAGGUAUGGCCGAUCGCCCAACCUUAGUCGACAACAACACCUGGAACAAUACGCAUAUCGCCACUGUCGGCAAAGCAAUGAGUUCGAGAGAAGAAGUCAGCUAUCCCAUCCUUCGACAACACGACGUUGACUAUGUCUUGGUCGUAUUUGGUGGAUUACUUGGCUACAGCGGAGACGAUAUCAACAAGUUCUUGUGGAUGGUCAGAAUCGCCGAGGGCAUCUGGCCAGAAGAAGUGCGAGAGCGUGACUUUUUCACUGCGAGAGGCGAGUACAGGGUCGACGACGAGGCGACCCCAACCAUGAAGAACUCGCUCAUGUACAAGAUGUCAUACUACAACUACAAUCAGCUCUUCCCGGCUGGUCAGGCUCAAGAUCGAGUCAGAGGCUCGCCAUUACCAGCUCAAGGUCCGGAGUUGAGCAUUUUGGAUGAAGCUUUCACCAGUGAGAACUGGAUCAUCCGUAUUUACAAGGUCAAACCCUUGGACAACGUCGGGCGCCACCAUCAGAGCGCCGUUGCUUUUGACAAAGGCCACAAGAAGAAGAGAAAAGCAGGGUCGAAGAAGGGUGUCAGAGUGUUGAGAGAGGAGUGA